AUGAGCUCUCCUUAUGCACCCACGAAAGCGCGCGUUCUACCAAGGCGGGUCCACGCCAAGCCGCGGACAUUGCUUGACUUAACAUCGCCACGUGUCGUUCAAGCGCCUGUUGUAGAAGAUGUUGUAGCUGCUUCACAGGACGCAUUUUUUGGGGUGGAACAAGAAGUUCCACAAGAAAUGUGUACGAACUCCGCGAGUUCUACGUGGAAGAGACCCGCAGUCAAAGGCAACAGUCUCCCCCUCUCCCCGCGACACUGCACGAUUGCAUCGAAAGAGGAGACAACGGCGCCAACUAUACAAACACCUGUUUCAAUCCUCAAUUGCACCAGAAAAACCUCGGGAUAUUGGGCGCGCGAUGGGAGCCACGCGCAAAGGAUCCACCUUACCAGCAGUUAUGUUUUUUUUUACCGUCAUCUUCUAACGCGCAUAACGGAUCCGCCAGAAAAAAUAAAAGAGUACUCCGUUCGACUUCAUAGCAGGAACGGAAGAGACGACAAAUUGAAAAGUUUACCGGAACCUGUAGCAAACAUUUUGCAAGAUAUGGCAGAGGACAUGCUCGGUUACGGGCAAGAUGAACUCAAAGUAUGGCUUGAUCAAGGUCUCGAUAACUCCACUUUCUACAAGAACCUUGGAGCGAACGAAGAGGAACAUAGAGCGAAUUUGGAGGAUUUGAGGAACGAACGUGCAGAAUGGCGUCCGCAGAUAUUCAAAGCACUUCAACUUGCAUUGCGCGACGUUCGCUCCUACAAAUACGAAGCCGGCAAGUGGAUUUCCAAUCAGCGACGAGGCAAGCGAGAAGUCGAUGGAAUGAUCGAAGCAGUUCCCGAGUGCAGCAGAUACGGAAGUUAA